AUGUCCGAUGAUAGAGGGGUCGCCGGGCUGUUCAUCCACGAUGCUGGAGAGAGCAGCGAAGAUGCGGAUGCAGACGUGACUAACUUCAACAAUGCAAUACUAAAUCACCCACUGCGGUGCGUUGUUCCCGCAAGCAACCCCGUAGUGUCCAACGAUAUUAUUCUCCUCAAGUCCCUUGCGGAGAGCAACGCAGGCCCGCCUUCGUUCAACUACGGCUUUGACGAGAAUACGUGGUCUGCCUAUAGCACCAUGCACUUGUGUGCUGCUUGUUCUCUUCAUAACUUCCGAACAGCAUUUAAUCAGUGGGCAAGCCGGCAGCGGAUGCGUCCGCCAGAUGUCGAGGGUUGCUUUCUUGCGCUCAACGAAACGGUAGGGAACAUUUAUGAUCCGCAUCGGGAACGAGGCUACAGAUCCUAUAAGCAGGGAGAUAAUAGGCGGGGAGACGGCCGAGACUUUCGGCGAGGAGAUAAUAAAGAUUUCAGGCGAGGCGAGCGAGGUGACAGAGGAUAUUAUAACAGUCACAAUAAUAACGACCCACGGCAGAAUAGGAUCAAAAAAUAA